GCCGGGGAGCAGGCAGGGACCCCGGCCCGGGGAAGGCUCCGCGCACCGGCCGCGCUGACGCAGGGUCUGCUCCGGGCAGCGACUCGCGCUGUGCUGCUCCGUCAGGGCUGCACCUUCUCCCUGCGCCCCGCUUCCCCCGGCUGGGCUCCCCUGCUCCCCGGAACGUGCUCUGACCCGCCCCCGCUCCUGCCCGUGCGCGGCUCCCGGGAGUCCUGCUCUGCCAUUCUCAUCUGCUCUCCACGCCUGCGCCUUUUCCGAGGUGCCCCGGAGGAGAGACAGUCUGUCUGCUGUCUGGCUGGGGAGAAGGAACAGUCAAGAAACACAGAUGGGAAUAUGGCAGUAUCCUCUAGCAGUGGGCACAAAUAGACGUGCUGCAGGCCCUGUGAUUGUCAGCUGUAAUAAAUGUUAGGACGACAGCAGGAGACAGAUGUAAUUCUUUGUACCUGGUGAUGUAAAUCCAAGGAAGCAAAGAGCCACAGUCACGCGGAUUUAAAUCUCUUUACAGGCAGUGGCUGUGGACUCCGGGACGGCUCUUGAUGUCUCUUCACAGAACUGCCUUCUUUUUCAGUUACAUCACACCUGUCUUCUAGCAGGCUGGAAUCACUGGUCAUGUGAUUUAUUUUGGACUCUGAAUUCAAGAAGUAAAUCUGUGACUAACAGCCACAUGCCUGACACCCUGGCCUGGCUCCUCCACAGCAGGUUGGGUCAGCAGUGAUUGUGCAUGCAAUGAAGAAGUGUAACAUCUUACCUCUGUGGACAGCGUUUCUGGACCUGCUGACACCUGUGCCACUCAGCCCUGCCUAGUGCAAUGUCAGGCCAUCACACUCCCUCUGCUGGAGGUCCCUUCUCAGCACUCACACCCAGCAUUUGGCCUCAGGAGAUCCUGGCAAAAUACACACAGAAAGAAGAAUCUGUCGAGCAGCCAGAGUUCCGCUACGAUGAAUUUGGUUUCCGAGUUGACAAGGAAGAUGGUGCUGAGCCAAACUCCAGCAAGCUUCUGGGGGUCCCACUGACAGAGGAGCCACAGCAGAGGCUCAAGUGGCAGGCUCAUCUGGAAUUCACACACAACCAUGAUGUGGGCGACCUCACCUGGGACAAAAUUGAGGUCACCCUGCCACAUUCAGACAAGCUGCGCUCCCUGGUGCUGGCCGGCAUCCCACACAGCAUGAGGCCACAGCUGUGGAUGCGCCUUUCAGGGGCUUUGCAGAAGAAGAGGAACUCAGAGAUGUCAUAUCGAGAUAUUGUGAAAAACAGCUCUAAUGAUGAAACCAUUGCUGCCAAACAGAUUGAAAAGGACUUGCUACGCACAAUGCCCAGCAACGCCUGCUUCUCCAACAUGAACAGCAUUGGGGUGCCACGGCUGCGCAGGAUACUACGGGGACUUGCCUGGCUCUACCCAGACAUUGGAUAUUGUCAGGGCACUGGCAUGGUGGCUGCCUCUCUGCUGCUCUUCUUGGAGGAGGAAGAUGCCUUCUGGAUGAUGUGUGCUAUCAUCGAGGAAUUGGUUCCUGCCUCCUACUUCAGCACCACCCUCAUGGGCGUGCAGACAGACCAGCGUGUCCUGCGGCAGCUCAUCGUGCAGUACCUGCCCCGCCUGGACAAGCUGCUUCAGGAGCACGACAUUGAGCUCUCCUUGAUCACCUUGCACUGGUUCCUCACCUCCUUCGCUAGUGUUGUUCACAUCAAACUGCUGCUGCGUAUUUGGGACCUCUUCUUCUACGAGGGCUCUCUGGUGCUGUUUCAAGUCACUUUGGGCAUGCUAAGUAUGAAGGAGGAUGAGCUGAUCCAGUCCGAGAACUCUGCCUCGAUCUUCAACACGCUGUCAGACAUCCCGAGCCAGAUCGAAGACGCGGAUGUGCUGCUGCGAGAGGCCAUGCGCGUGGCCGGCUCGCUGACCGACGUGGCGGUGGAGACCCAGCGCCGCAAGCACCUGGCCUACCUCAUCGCUGAGCAGGGACAGCUGCUCAACUCCAGCACCACUGUCAACAACCUGUCCAAAAUUGUGCGACGCAGGACUCAGCGCAGGAAAUCUGGAAUCACCUCUCUGCUUUUUGGGGAUGAUGAUCUGGAGGCACUGAAAGCCAAGAACAUCAAGCAGACAGAGCUGGUGGCUGACCUGCGUGAGGCAAUUCUCCAGGUGGCACGGCACUUCCAGUGCGUGGAUCCCAAGAACUGCGUCAUUGAUCUGACCCCAGAUUACAGCAUGGAGAGCCACCAGCGGGACCACGAGAACUACGUGGCGUGUUCGCGCACGCGGCGCCGCCGAGCCAAGGCACUGCUGGACUUCGAGCGCCACGAUGACGACGAGCUGGGCUUCCGCAAGAACGACAUCAUUACGAUCAUUUCCCAGAAGGAUGAGCACUGUUGGGUGGGAGAGCUGAAUGGACUGAGAGGUUGGUUUCCUGCAAAAUUUGUGGAGAUCUUGGAUGAGCGGAGUAAAGAGUAUUCCAUCGCUGGAGAUGACUCUGUCACAGAGGGGGUGACAGACUUGGUGCGAGGGACACUCUGUCCAGCCCUGAAGUCCAUAUUUGAACAUGGAUUGAAGAAGCCAUCUCUGCUGGGGGGGGCCUGCCACCCUUGGCUGUUCAUUGAAGAGGCUGCAAGCCGGGAAGUGGAACGAGACUUUGACUCGGUGUACUCUCGCCUCGUGCUCUGCAAGACUUACAGGCUUGAUGAAGAUGGCAAAGUCCUCACUCCAGAGGAGCUGCUUUACCGGGCGGUUCAGGCUGUGAACAUGACACACGAUGCUGCUCAUGCACAGAUGGAUGUGAAGCUUCGUUCUCUCAUCUGUGUUGGACUCAACGAGCAGGUGCUUCAUUUGUGGCUGGAGGUGCUGUGCUCAAGCCUGCAGACUGUGGAGAAGUGGUUCCAUCCCUGGUCGUUCCUGCGCAGUCCUGGCUGGGUGCAGAUCAAAUGUGAGCUGAGAGUCCUCGGCAAAUUUGCGUUCAGCCUCUCUCAGGAUUGGGAGCUGCCAAUAAAGAGGGAGGAGAAGGAGAAGAAGCCACUGAAGGAAGGGGUGCAGGACAUGCUGGUGAAGCACCAUCUCUUCAGCUGGGACAUAGAUGGGUGACCCCCACCCUGCCCCAUCCUGGGGACCUUCUCGAUGGCGCACACUCCUCUCCUCCACCCCCUCAUGUCUCACCCCCGCCCUUCCCCUCCCCACCCACUUGUUUCUGUGACAAAAUCCCCCGUGGGGGCUGCCAGACCACCUGGACAGAUGGAGCAGUGCCAAGAGGCUGAGCUGCAGACCCGAGGGGGCUGAUGGUUGAGGGUGAUGCUGCAAAGGGACAAGUGUGUUCUGGCUACAAAAAGCAAGUGUCCCCUCCCAGAUUUCCACAUCUCUGCCACCCCCAUCUUUUGCUUUCCUCAGCCCUGCCUCCCCACCAGUGCCAAGGGGAGCAGCCUGGCUGGAGCCACUGUGCUCUGCCCCAUGGGCUGGCAGUUGUGGGGGUGUGAGCGUGUCUGUGGCUGGAGCUGUGGGGAGGAGACAGCCCUUGUGGGGUGGCUUGGAUCCAUGAGAGCUGGUGCUAUUGACAAGUGGCACUACAGCUGCAUGUGGAAUUGGGCUGGUGAGAGAUUCACUGCUGUACAGGAGCAGGGAGAGCACAUCCCCUCCCCAUGCCAGCCAAGAGCUCCCCUCUGCUGGGGGACAAGUGGACAAGUUCCUUUGACCUGGAGCUGAGGAGGGGGGACUGGCAUCAGUUUCAUCCCACCUCCCUGGCACUGGUGUGGGGUGUUGACAAGAGUUGCCCAAAUUUACCAGCCUGUUAUCACUGUAACAGCCUUAGGGGAUGGUCCUUGUCUCCUCUGGGAGCAGACAAAAACCACCUCUCCCCUAAACAAGAGUGUUUCAUGCUGUCGUUUUAGCCUCUAGAUGAUUUUUACUGUUAACCAAAAAGCUGUAAAUUUACUCCAGGAACAUGUAUAUUUUGGCACCGUUGUAGCUCAGGACAAGGUUUAGGUUGGAGCUGGCUCAGGGAGACUAACUCGUCCUCCUCGCCCUGCGAUGGCAACGGGGACGCGGGUCAGGAGUGGAGAAUUGCUGCUUUGUGGUGGUGGCUCUGGAUACGGAGUCUGUGACUUUCUACUGAAAGCGCUUGUCUGUGAGCACAAACUACUGAUGGGAUGACACUAGAUUCUUACUUUCCUUUAUUUGGUGGGUUUGUAAAUAAAAACUGCGUCUUCGGA